AUGGACGCUGAUGCUCCACCUACCCCUCCGCCUUCUCAUGGACAUUCAUUCCCAACUGGAGUAACGGAUUCGCCCGCAACUCCUCUCAGCGUCAAUACAUCCGCAUCCUCUUCAGCGACAUCCUCAUUAACAGCAGGAGGCUUCUCUAUUUCGAUUUCGGAAUCAGAAUCUGGUGCAGGUGUUGCAGCAGCACCGGUUCCGUCAUCAGGAGAUUCAUCCUCGUUAUUGGAUCUCAACGUGGACGUAUAUGGAGGCAUGGAUCAGGUGUACCUCAAGGCAGCUGGCAUGCGCAGUGACUUCACCAUCACGUUUGGCGCUACAACUGACUAUUUCUCCAAGCAUGCUGUGGAGGAGGAGAAGAGCAGCUCCAGGCGGAAUUCUGGAGACCCAGAGAGCUCCGCCAAUGGGAAGCGAGCUCGUCUUGACCUCUCCAACCUCCCAGGCGGAAUCGAGACAUUCAAACUCGUCGCAUGCUUCUGCUACAGCGUUCCCAUUACAAUCACCCCUGAUAACGUCACAGCUCUCUACUGUGCAGCGAUUUACCUGGAUAUGAGAGAUGACCCUCGAGCUGCCAUGUGCGGUGGUCCCUAUGACUGUAACCUGCUUACCCUAGCGUCUCGCCACCUCACCUCGUAUCUCUCUCACCCCCGGGCUGCUCUGACUGUUCUUCAAUCGUGUGAUGCCAGCUCAGCGAUCCGGGCGAGUGCUGAGUCAGCAGGGCUGCUGCUGACCACUGUGAACGCGGUCGCACGAUUGGUAGUGAAAGAAGCGGGGAAAGGUGACGACGCUUAUGACGGUCCUGAUGCCGCUGCUGUCAAAACAGAUAAGGCAGGCAGGGAAGAGAAGGACAAGGAUAAGGUUGCAGAUGGAGCUGCAAGUGAAGCGGAGGAAAAGACGGACUCGGCUGGCGCAGGACCGCUGUGGCUGUCACCCCAGUUGCUGCAUCUGUCCCUCCCCACGUUCGUCCAGCUGCAUGCUGCUCUAAGCUCCCUGGGCAUGAGUGCGCUGCAUCUCUUUGCUCUGCUUGAGGCCUACUGCAACACGUGGCUGCCAUUCCCUGUGGACGUCCCAUCCACGUCCACAUCACCUGCAGCCACGUCAGCAGACGCCCAGACUACUUCCACAUGGAAGCCAACCCUGGAAGCAGCAGUAGCGCUGCUCUUUGCACUCUCAGCUGGGCCCUCCGCAACAGGGCAGGCUGGAAAAGGGGCUGUGGGGCUGCCGUCCAUUCAGCUGCUGGUGCGACUGCUGCGCCUCUGCCCUGAGGUCGAUGCCAGCAAGUCUGCCAAGUCGCGCCUGCAAACCAUGAUUGGCUGUCGGAUCACCGAGUGUCAAGUCGACCACCUGCUUCCUCUUCCUCCAUCUGAGAUCCUCGCUCUCCUCACAAUCUUCACUUCAAGCACGCCUGAUACAAACGCUUCUGCUGCGGCAAUCACUCACCCAGCUGGCUCCUCUGCUGCAGCUGUGGAAGGCGCAGGCGCUGCCAGCCUCUCUCAGGCUGCAUCUAUUGUGGACAGUUACUUGAAGGCCAUCUCCACCUCUCCCAACAGCAGCAGCAUCAGCCCCGACUCUUUCAUAUCCCUUGCAACCGCACUGCCUCUCGCCUGCCGCCCCUUGCACGAUGCUCUCUAUGAGGCAGUGGCGGCUUACGUAGCAGCCAGGGGGUGGGGGGUGGGGGGGUCUGUGAAAGGAGGGGGGGAAGGAAGUGGAGGAGGGGAGAGAGGAGGCGAGGAGGUUAAACUCCUUGUUGGCCUGAUUCAGCCUGAGAAGCUUUCAGAGCCAGUCGCAGAUGCUGCCUCAUCCACCUCCCUCUGGCCGCCCUCCUUCACUGUAGCAGUGCUGACAUGGCAGAAACAG